GCCAGGUGGCAACCCUAAGCACAAGCACAACAUGACGCAAAUUAUAAAUUGCACAUCACAGGCCCAGACUGGCAGUUAGGGUUGCCACCUUGUCUAAAAAAUUUUAUCGGCGCGUGGGAACAAAAGGAGUGGUUUGUGAGUCACGCACAAAAGGGGUGGAGUCACGCACCAUGACGCAAAAGGACGUGGAGAAACACGUGCAAUGGCCAAAAGCCUGAAAAAAAAGAACACAUUUUUGGGUGAAUGAGACAUGAAAAGGCGCUUUUCCAUCCAGCCACAUUGCCCCGCGAGACCUCCCUCAUUCCUCCAUUGUGUGACUCAUCCGCGCCGUUCGUUGUGCCCAGGAGGGAUUUCCAGACGCGCUGCGGAAUCACUUCGCCAGCAUCACACACGAGCCCCUUAGAACCGGACUGACCGCAAUGAACCUUCUCCGUGUCCCAGUCUAACAACGACAUGCCAAUUCUCAAGCGCCGCCUCUCGUCAUUCACUGCAGCGCGGGCCUGGCCGGCACACUAGGGGUUAAACCCUGCUGUAACUCGAUCCGACCGCUGCUGCACAGACUCUACAGCGACUAACCGAGGCUUCCCUCACAGCAUCUCUAGCCCUGCUUGGAUCGCCACCAUCUCUGCGAGGCUCUGACAGAGAAUCCCGGUAGCCACGUCCGUCUGGGCUUCUGCCCCUUUCAGAUAAGCUUUUCUUCCCUGGUCAGUACGGACAGCAUUCAGCAUGGAUAUCGGCAGCUAGACACAAUGAAUGAGCCCACUUACAGCCGCUCUCAGGCCUGCAUGUAGGAGCCCUUGGUGCAGGUUACCAUGGCUAACUUCAGCCCUCUGACUGUCUUUAUCUCAGUGACUAGCUUAGCAGUAUUUCAGUUCCUGUUUCAUGUUGGAAGCUCCUGGCUCUCCACCCGUUUAACUGGUGGUUUCCACAAGCUGAGUGCAAGACAGAAGAUUGAAUGGAAUUCCAGGACGGUGUCCUCAUUCCAUGCUUUGGUGGUUGGAUGUUUCUGCUUGUAUAUUUUGGUGUACGAUGAUGCUGUUAAUGCUGACCCUGUUUGGGGUGAUCCCUUCAUGGUCAAGCUGAAUGUUGCAGUAACCUCAGGCUACCUCAUUUCAGACCUGUUGCUUAUUAUUUAUUACUGGAAGGAGAUUGGUGAUAAAUAUUUUGUGACACAUCACUUGGCAGCUCUGUAUGCUUACUACUAUGUACUGGGUGAAGGAAUGUUGCCAUAUUUUGGUAAUUUCCGACUAAUUGCUGAAUUUUCUACACCCUUUGUUAAUCAACGGUGGUUUUUCGAAGUUUUGGGAUAUUCCAAAUAUUCUCUCCCAAACAUGGUAAAUGGUGUUCUGAUGACAAUCUCCUUCUUCAUUGUGAGAAUAGCGGUCAUACCGAUCUAUUAUGGGCGUGUCUUUUCCACCUUCGGCACGGAGGCGUUUCACAGACUGGGACUUGGUGCCCAGUGCGCAUGGAUCAUCUCAAGUGUAUCACUGGAUAUUAUGAACGUUAUGUGGAUGAUAAAAAUUGCAAAAGGGUGCUACAAAGUCCUCUAUCACAGAGAUGGGAAAUUGACCAAAACACAGAAUAAUGGAAAACUAGAGUAGAAAACAAAAAUAUAUGUAUUUUGUCUUCCAACCAGCAUUUGUUUGGGAACCCCUACCCCAAGGACCUGCAUGUUCUUUUUCUGCCAUAAUCAAAGGAGACAACAAUUAUUACCUUUUUGUAAGUGCUAUUUGCACCCUUUCCACAUUUCCACAAUAACAGUAUUCCAAAGAAGAAUCAACACAUUUUCUUCUAUACUUUUUCCUUUUGUCAAACAGUAACUCUUUAAAUGGAAUCAUUUUUCUAAAAAAAAGAGUCUAACACUGGUGCCCUGAAAGGAAGCAUAAAAAAGUAGCCUUGUGCUUCUGGGUAUGCAAAUCUGAAAGAUGAACUGACUGGUUGAUGGGUGUUUAAAUACAGGUCCGAUCAUUCCUACAGCAGCUCCAAAACCCCUUUGGAUCUACCAUUUAUCAUAUAUUGGAGGUGAUCACAGCUCACUGCUAUGUUUUGGUAGCCGAGGAUGAGUAGAGUAUAACGGUGCUUUAUUAGCAGGCUCAUGCAGCCACUACACAACAGUAAGCAACUCUAACACCACAAGCUGUAUAGAAAGUAUACACAGUAUAAGUUUUUAGCACAGUGACAUCUACAGGCCAUUUAUAUAAUCUUUUAAUUUUGUAUUCUGAAGUAAUUUGUCACGUGCAAAAUUUUGAAUUUAUCCAUGUCCACACAGAAGUUUGAGCUUCUGUGUAUACAAAAUUCUAAUGAUAGGUUAGUAAUUAUAUUUUUAAAUGUAUUUGUUUCAUGUAGUGAUUUUAUCCAUGUCCACACAGUAGUAUGAAAAAGGGAGGUUUUGCUCCCGUUAAUGCAUAUUUCUAAUUAUUGGCUCACUGUUGGUGGCUGAGGUUUUUUUUUAUUUACCAGCCCAAAUACAGGUCUGAUCGUUCCUGCAGCAGCUACUUGUUUGAAAACAGAGCUAUCAGUUACAUGAUGUAACAUAGCUUUCCAGGAGUGGUAAAAAAAAUAAAAGUGUAAAUAAAAUUUAUCAAGAUUUUGGAAGACGGAAUUGGGGUGAGACUAGAUCAGCACAGAUAAAACAUUAUACUGAAAAUAAUUGGGGUGAGACUAGAUCAGCACAGAUAAAACAUUAUACUGAAAAUAAGAGGGGCUUAUUUACUAAACUCCGAAUUCAAAAAUCCUGAACAAUUUGUGAAUUUUUUUUUAAAAAAUUAAGAAUUUUUCGGAAUUUAUUUAACCCGAGGAUGGAAAAUUCAGAUAUAGAAAAUCCGGGAUCUCAGCCCUGUCGAGGUUGCAUAUAAGUCAAUGGGAGAUAUCCCAAUGAUUUUUUGAUGUGCGCUAGGUUUUUUUCCCGCAAAGCAAAUUUUUGGGGAAAAUGUAAUAACAAAUAAGCAUAAAAAACCCGAGCGGAUUUGAUCGGAGUUUGUAGCAGAAAAUGUUGAGAUAAAAUCGGACUGAUAAAUAACCCCCUAAGAGUCUUUUGUAUUCAAAACUGAAGGUUGCUGGGAUUUUGCACCUUUGAUUAAAUGACUAAUACUAAAACCUAAUAUUUAACCAAUUUAAGGACAAAAGCCUUUCCAGUAGAUUUAUUCAAUUAUAAUGAAGAUUUGACUAUAUACGUUGCCCCAUAACCCAGACUGAAACAUGUAACUGAAAGCUCAGGAAGGUCAUAAUAAUUAGGUGAAUAUAUUAUUGAAUUGUGAAUCAUUUAUUUGGCACUGGUACAUCUUCACAGGAUGUUUGAAAAUAUAAAAAUACCUAUUUGAGGGACUUUAAUUACCUGGGGUCUUCUACCAGGCAGGUAAAAAUUCUUCGCUCAGGUUUUUUUUUAUAGUGUUUAUUUUUUUUGUCUACACUUCAGGAAUCUGUAAAGUUGCAGUGAAGCUAAUCCUGGCAUGCUCAGCCAUUGCAUUCUGCUGACCUAAAUAAUUUAUACUGGUUUGCAUUUUUAAUGAAUUUCUCCUUGGGUUUAGUUACACUGGCGAGUCAGUAAAAGCACUUUCCAUCCUCUACUUAGAAAUUCUUUCAUUGCCUUUUGCAUGGGCAAGUGUUUUAGUUCUGAUCUGAUGAGAAAAACCCUUCAUAUAUAUUUAGCCUUUAAUAAUUGAAUUCAAUAUAUAACACUUUACCCAGAGUGCUGUUUUUUUUGAGGAAAAUGAACCGAUAAAUACAUGCCUGAUAUUUUUGUGUGAAAACACAAAAGAAUGAUUUAUUUUUUUCCCCUUUAUACCUAUAGGAGGGCAAUAAAUACACGUCAGAGAUCUUAUUUUCUUAAUCUACCAAUGUCUGAAAACAGUGUUGCUUGAAAGCAAUUGACUGCGACAUUUUGAAGGAUUAAAUCUUAUUUUUGUCAAAGUUGCUUCACAACAGGGCUGCUCCAAGGUCUGUAUUUGAGUUAAGCCCUUUUAAGAUUUCUUAUGCUAUUUUGAAUAUGAAUGCAAUAAAAAUUUCUCUGAAAACGG